CAGAGCGGUUACUAUUCUAGAUGCUGGCAAAUUGCAAUUAAAAGAGUUUAAGCAGUUACAACGCAGCUAAUUAAACUUAUGCAGAUAAAGUUGAAGCAAGCGGACGGGCGGAGGCUCUGGCAGAGCUGGUGGCCUUAUUGCAAUUACUCUGGCUGGAGCGUUACAGAAGAGGGUAUACCUGUUUCUAACCCUAAGGUUAUAGAGGCCAACUUUCUGCAGAAUAAAUUGCAUUAUAGAUAGCACUAUAAGGCGCCUCUCGCGCACGAGCAGAUAUAUGCUCUCUUUAAAGGGAUUAUAGCAAUAGGGUAGUAUAGUUAAACUGCUUAACAGGCGCAUAAGAGCCUGCGCGGCGAUGCGGAGGAGGCUAAUAUAGAGGAGGCUGCUGUAGAGAAGGAGGAGGAGAAAAAGGUAUUAGCCGAAGAGGUAGAUAAUAAGAAGGAC